CUACAACAUCUAGCAGGGAGCUUCUACUUCUCUUCACUAAAUGGCUGAGAUAUGGGUUCGCGGCCUCUUCCCACCAUUUGUUCUGUCUGUUCGGCCCAGUGGAAGAAACGGCCAAUGACUGUGAAAUAUCCCCGUGUUGUCAACCACCAUAAAGACAGCAAUAGUGCCGGCGUUGUGACCGCAGCCGCCGUAGCAAAUGACCCUGCAAACGACCUUGGGAAUGGCCUCGAACGAGGCAGCAGCUCUCAAACACUUCUGGUAAUUGCUAAAUUUAUGCAAAUACUCCGCAACGUAAGCCGAAUAUAUGCUUCGUUUACUCGCUGACUUGUACAUACAGGUCAAGCGUCAAAAAGACAAAUGGCUUUAUAACGGUUGCGUAAAUCUUCUCCGAAGCAUCCGCUAUGAGAGCCUUGCAAGUGGCAAUACUAUACGGACUCCAGCUAAAGUCACGAGCAGUGCUGGUUAUGAGUUCCUCUGUAGCUACAAUUGGGUUGGUUCUCAAGAGCCUCGUAUCUAUGUACCUGGUAGUCCACGGGAGCUUGAUUUAAAGCAAGAGGAACUCCCUUUCACGGUACCGGUCGAUGCAGGUCAAUCCUUUAUAGACCAGAAUGCUUAUAAAUCAAGAAAGCAUCAGUUCGAGCCAUUAUUCUUGGCCCUUGAUAUCAUGAAGCCAGAUUUCAAGUUUAAUGAUGUCGACCUGGUAGCAGAUCGCACAUCUCUGCGUCGACUAAUGAAAUUCGCGGCUGGGAAGCUUGGCGACAUAUUUCGCGUUGAUCUUCGAGUAGUGCAAAAUACCUUAUUUAUGAACCGUCGCGAGCGGAAGUCGCUGACUUGGGCGAGCAACAAUAAAUCCCACCAUAGCUAUGGAUUUGGCUUUGAGGCCGCGGUAACGCGCCCUCUACCUGGUUUGGAGGAUAGUUCCAGUCAUCAUCGUAUUAUACAGUACCAGAUGGGGGGGUUGAAGUGCGUGGUUCGAUACGAAGUUGAUGUGCAAUUAAACGAUGAUAAUGGAAAAAUCGAAACAGAAGUGAACUACACACCGCAUUCGUCAGAUAGCUUGAAAAAUGCCCCAAGCGAAGACAACAAUGGUCAACGGCAAGGAGAUUUUCGGGAUCGUAUCCAAGUCAUUCAACGUGGUAAACAUAAUCCGUCUGCGAAAAUUGCCGAAAUAAAAAGCCAACCUCUGGGGAAGAGCUCUAGACGGUUUUUAGCAUAUACGCCUCAACUCUGGUUUGGACGCACUCCUAACUUGAUAUAUGGGGAGCACAAGAAUGGAAAUUUUGAAACUGUGCGAGUCGCUGACUUCACGGAAAAACUGAUCAGGUGGGAGACUGAAAACCAACAGGCUCUUCAAAAAUUGACUCUCCUGGUUACCCAGUUAAGAUACAUAGCUUCCACGAAUCGAUGGGGCUGUAUCGCUGUACAUUCUACGGAGAACCCUGGGGUUUUGAACCUGUAUCGCCCAAGUAGAGAAAUCCAGCCUAUUUCUGCCAAAUUUAUUCCCGUUCAAUGGGACGGCUUUAAAUACGUGCCUAGAAACAUAAAUUCGAAAGACACGUGAAGAUUCUAGCGCCAAAGUCACACAAGAAAAGCCGAGCUCUCAUACAGAGAGGUAGCUUUAUUAGUAUGGGGCUUUCUCUCUAAUUGAGAAAGACAUAUCUUACCGUUACCAUUACGC